AGGAUGCGUGGGUGUUGACCGUCAACACAAGCUCACUGAAAGUUGACUAGCUAGCUAGCUAGCUACAAGAAUCUCUCUGUAAAGACGUUCUCCUUUGAUCUGAGAAGGCGUACAGCUGGUUAUGGGUUGCUGCUGCUCCAAAGAUGACCGUAUAGUACCGAACAAUCCUUCACAGGAUAGCAGUGGUGACCCCUUACUACAUUCUCCUAUUGAUCCUCCUGACAGUGAAGAUCUUGGGCAUGAUGUGACCACUGAAGAAUCAAGAGUAGCUGAAAUAAUUCUAGAGGCUGGAAACAACUCUCAUCUUGUUGGGAUUGUAUAUUCUCCUGCAUCCGAGACACACAAGUGUGCAUACUGCGACAAUCCAAAUGGUGAUUUAUACGAUUAUUUCCACGUAUUUUCUUCAAUGUCUUGUACGCUAUUUGAGGAAUUUUUUGAGGCCGGUUGGUGGAGGACGGGAAAGGUUGUGUUUCGACCACGAUUCGAAGUCGUCUGCUGUCCUGGGUAUGCUACACGAUUGCCAGUCGAUGAUUAUACUCUCACAAAAAAGCAUCGACGAGUGAUAAGAAAAUGGGGAGAAUUUUUGAAAAAUGGAGAUCUCCAGUGGGAGGAAAGAGAAUUGGCCUCUAAUUGUGAAAACGUUCUAGUGCAUGUUGACAACGAGACAACCACAGACGCUGUCCAACCCACAAAAAUGAACACCAAAGCGAAACCUAAGAAGGUCGUUAGAUCUGGUGUAGGCCCUGACCCAAGCAAACCACCAUGUAAGAAAUCAAAGGAACGAAAAGCCAAACGUUUCAAAUCGUCAAAUAAACCACAAGAAGCUUCGUCAGAAAAAGAGCCGAAUUCAAUCCUAUCUCUCACUCAGUUUAUCAAUCAAGAAAUUCCGUCUGCAAUGACUGGCCUCAAGCAUAGAUUUGAUGUGAUGCUUGUUCCUUGCUCUCUGACCAACCCUGUACUCAUAUCCACUGCACAAAGAGCCUAUCAUUUGUAUGAGAAACUACAAAACGUUGUCCAUACUGGAAAAUCUCGAUUCGAAUCAUUGGAGCAGUUUUUGCAAGGAUUCUAUGAUUCUUGUUUGGGUAAUGACAGGAACCAAGGAACACCUCAGGGAAGCUUUCACCUUCAGUAUUACCUCGAUCGGGAAUUAGUCAUGUACAGUAUUGUCGAUAUCACACCAAGUUAUUUCGUGUCAGUGUACUUCAUAUACGAUCCUGAUCUACGCUUUAUAAGUCCUGGAAUUUUCACGUGUUUGUAUGAGAUGUCUUUGGUGCAGAAGUUAAAACAAACUCUGCCAAAUAUGAAGUACUACGGUCUCGGCUAUUACAAUCCCUUUGAUGACAAGGCUUCUUACAAGAGACAGUUCAAACCACAACAAGUAUUGUGCAACGAAACAAAUGUUUUUGUGAGUUUGGAAUCUGCCACUCCAAAAAUUCAGGCCAAGAAAUAUUGUCGACUUGUUGAUGAAUCUGUUCCUGAGAAGGAGGGUCGAAGUGCAAGCAUUGAUAUGGUUUCUGUGUUAAAGAAAAGCGUUCCGUUGGGUCGAUUCAGAGCAUUGCCGGAGGAAGAAGUGGAAAGAUACAAGCAGAGUCUGACACAGUUUGUCUGUGAAGCAGGAAGCAAAGCCGCACUUCAAUGCAAUGUGGACCUAUUUGACAAUUAUAAAGAUUAGUUUUUUGUAUGUUUUAUGGCACAUUUUUAUGACUUUGUAUAUACAUUAAUAAUUUUGUUUGCAUAA